AUGAACGACAGAUUGGAAAAAACAGCUUCGUCUUUGGCUAUUGUAGAGAAAAAGCCUCAAAAACUAGGUGGAUGUGUGGGUAUUUUCUUUCAGCUCUUUGAUUGGAACCGUAGAUUUGCAAAAAAGAAGCUCUUUUCCAAGAAAUUGCUCCCACCAGUUCGCUUGAAACAAGCUUCAAAGAAAUUUGGUGGAGAUGAGAAUCAGGCAAAGCUUCGUUUGAUUGCUGAUGAGAAUAGUGGGGGAUUUCCUAGCUCAAGGAAAAAAAGUGGGGUUAGUAAUGUUGAUCCUGAGCAAAAACAUGAAAUGCGAGCUCCGGGUUUGGUUGCUAGGCUUAUGGGUCUGGAAUCCAUGCCGGCAUUGCAGACAGUGAAGUCUAAGAAAGGACCGCUUUCUGGAAAUAGGAAUGAUAAAGCAGAGAAAAUCGAGGAUAAAUUUUGUGGAUACGUGAGCAAUGAAGUGAAUGUAGAAAAAGUAGGGAGUAAAAAUGAACCGAGGCCUCGAAAGCUUCAGAAGACCGGGUUGUGUGAGAGGCUGCCAGUGGCUAGAUUGGGGACCGAGGGACUGCAGUUUAAGAACGUCUUAUCAAGAUCAAGAAAGCAUCAUCCAAAACUUACCUCUCCGGUGAAAAGUCCCAGAAAUCCCUCGGGGAAAAAUGCAUCUCGAUUAAUUGGUGCAGCAACUAGAAUUCUGGAACCUGGAUUGGCAAGGAGUAGGUCAAAACGUGCCAUUGCAUAUUCAAAUACCUCGCAUAAUUCUUCUAAAGGAGAUACUGUUUUGGGGGAAUCAGCUGUUCUGUUAACAAGCGAAGUGGACGGUUCUAAAUAUUUUGUUACUCAGCAGCCAAAGGUGCAAUCUUCUUGCAGAACUUGUGGCCAUUUGCUAGAUAAGUUGGAUUCUGAACCAAGUGUAGAUGAUCGGCCGGUGGUUUUUACUUCUCAGAUCUCGCAUCGUGUUGAACCCUCUUGUCAAAUGUCAGAAAGGAGCAGGCCUGGAAUCCCCACAUGUAAGGAGGUUCUGGAGGAAUGCCCAUUAACUGCAGGUUCAACCAUGGAAAAUUUUCAACCUUGUGGUAAAUUUUCAUCAAAUAGGAAUCCUUUAAUUGGAGAAGCUAGGUGGCAUUUGGGAACCCAUCAGUACAAGCCUCUGAAGGAUAUGCCUCUCUCUGAUGGUUUUAGGUACAAGUCUCAGAGCCAAAAUCAGAUGUUGCGGACCAGAAAUAGAGUUCCUCCAAGGUCAAAGUACAAUGGUCUAUCGGGCAACAAAGCAUCAGCAUCAGCAUCAAAUGAUAUAGAUGAGACAAAGGAUUUUGUUUUUCCUUAUCGAAGCUUAAGUGGUCAUACAAAACCGGGGCUCUCCACCAGAGCUGGUAAUGGCAAAUUUGAAAUGAGGAGAGCUGGUUACGUGCAGAAUGAUUCCAUAUUACCAGCGCAAAAGAGAAGGCCAAUUAAUAUCGCUAGAGAAAGUGCAAGUCCUGGUUUCACAAGUUCUUUUAACAAACAAUCAUAUACUGGUGAUCAUGUAAUGAAUAGAAAAGAGAUGGAAUGCAAUGUUCAAUCCAUUAACCGCCAAAGCAAAAAUAGAUUGGACUGUCUUCAAGACCGAAGAACAGUUGGUGUUAGGAAGGUGGAUAGUGAUGUUUUGUUCUCAGUUAACUCUCCAGUGAAACAGAAGACUGGAAUUCAUGCAGGAGUUGCUAAAAGAAGGGUUCAAAAUGAUUCAAGUCACGGGAGCACUUCACAAAAAUCUGCUUUAAAUGAAAAUGAUGAAAAUUCAAGGUUUAAGAAACCAUUUCCUUUGAGUGGAGAUGCAUUAGGUGCACUUUUGGAACAAAAGUUGCAGGAAUUGAAUCUCCAAGGAGAGGAUGAGAUGGGAGUAAGUGGGAAUUCUCCCCGAAAGACGACAGCUAAUAUUCUCCAGGAGUUAAUUUCUGCCUUAACAUCAGAAAGACCAUUUCACCAGGAUAAAUCAGCUGCUACAUCUAAUGGGAAAAGUGAUUCCCAUCAUUGUGGUUCUAUGUCCAACUCAAAAACAUUAGCCAAUUACCAGGCUAAAGCAAAGAUAGCCAAGUUAUUAGUUGACUGCCCGCCUGAUAGUGAACACCUUAGCCCAGGAUCUGUUCUUGGGGCUUCUUUUUCCAAUGAGAGUUGUCUCUCCAGCAGUAUGGAUGACAGCUCGGGGUAUAAAAUGCUCACUGAAACUUUGGAUUACUCCUAUGAUGAUCCACUGUCCCUUGGUCAUGACACAGACCUUUCAGAUUCUGCAACCUCAGGAAAGAUAGUAAAGAGUAGUAGAGAGUACAUAAUUGAUAUCCACAAUAAUAUUUCGGAAGUUUUAAGCUGUAUUGAACUUGCUGAUGGUGGUUUGAAAGAAAGCACGCUCAACCAUGCAAAGAAGGUCGUUCUGAAUGCUGAGUUGGUGUCUGGAAAUGCGACUCUCACCAGAUCAGUUUCAAGGCAAGGUUUUUCAAUUAAAUACUUAUUCCUCAACCAACUUGAAACACUUGCAAGUGUUCUCCAGAUGAAUAUCGAUUGCUUUCAUAACAUUGAGAAUGGCAAAGAGGUGAAUCUACUGAGAAGAUUUGCUUUUGAUUCUGUCAUAGAGUAUCUGGACUCAAGAUUGGAUCAAUAUGCUAAAUCUGGGUUUAAACUCUCGACAAAAAUGCCAUUUAGUGUGAACACCGAGAUGUUGAUUUUUGAUAUUGUGGAGGAGGUCAGAAGGUGGGGAGAAUCAUCUGGUUUGAUAUAUGAUGAGUUGUUAGAGAAGGAAAUGAGUGAUUCAUUAGGCCAAUGGACAGAUUUCGAUAUUGAAAAAUAUAAAAUUGGCAUUCAGAUUGGCAUGCACAUAUUCCAGAUUUUGGUUGAUGAGAUUGUUGUAGAACUUUGGAACUGCAAGCCGAAUUCCUCUUUGAUUGCACAGGGCUUUAACUAA